CAUCCCCCAGCCGCGCGCCCCGAGUCGGCCCCGCCGGCCCCACCGCCUCUCAGUGGCCUCCUGUCUGCCUGCUGCCCGCCGCGCCCCUGCCCGGGGUCGCACGGCAGAACCCCAGCGGCCCGCGGGGGGCCUGGGGUGCUCGGGCCUCCCCAGGGCGAGUGUCUCAGCCCGCUCCAUCGGCCAGCCCUCGCCGAUUCCACCCUGCGGAGGGUCGGAAUGUAGGGGGGUCUUCCUCGGAAGUUCCGAAUACCAUCUUUGGGCCUCGAACAGGCGGCCCAGUGUCCUGACCCGCCCGUCGUGAAUGAGUAGCCAUCGGGGCUUAGGGAGAUGCCCAGCUGGUACCAGACAAUACUCAGAAGAUUACUGGGCCCCAGAAAAAGUUGGGCGUUGUUGGUAGAAUCUGGUGAGAGGGCAAAGGGCUGUGCUGUGCAGGAUUAACUGUGCUGCUAAGGAGACAACUUUGUAGGAGCUGCUAAGAUGGGCAUGAGGAUCAAACUUCAAAGCACCAACCACCCCAACAACCUGCUGAAGGAACUCAACAAGUGUCGACUCUCAGAGACCAUGUGCGAUGUCACCAUUGUGGUAGGGAGCCGUUCCUUCCCUGCCCACAAGGCUGUGCUGGCCUGUGCAGCGGGCUACUUUCAGAACCUCUUUCUGAAUACUGGGCUUGAUGCUGCCAGGACCUAUGUGGUGGACUUCAUCACCCCUGCCAACUUUGAGAAGAUUCUGAGCUUUGUGUACACAUCAGAACUCUUCACAGAUCUGAUCAAUGUUGGAGUCAUCUACGAGGUGGCUGAGCGUCUGGGUAUGGAGGACCUUCUCCAGGCCUGCCACUCUACCUUUCCUGACUUGGAAAGCACUACGGUGGCUAAACCUCUGACUAGCACUAGUGAGAGCCAGUCUGGUACUCUGAGUUGUCCCUCAGCAGAUCCUGCCCAUCCCCUUGGAGAACUCCGGGGCAAUGGGGAACACUUUGGUCCUGAUAGAAACUAUGUGUCACCAGCUGAUGCUGGAGGAAGCUGUAAGGAUGAAGAGAGAAAUGUUGCCAGUGACACUAAUCAUAGCCUGCCUCUGCCACAGCCACCGUUGCCACCAAAGACAGAAGACCAUGAUGCCCCAGCUUCUUUCAUGUCUGUUACUAAUAUGGCAGCCCAGUCAGGCCUAGGCACCAUCAGCACAGGUGUCCGGACCAGCACAAGCUCUUGCCAGCCCUACAAAGUUCAAAGCAAUGGAGAUUUCAGUAAAAACAGCUUCUUCACUCCUGACAGUGCAGUUGACAUCUCUAUUGGAACCAAUUCCUGUUUGAGCAAUAGUGACCAUUCCAAAGAUCCAGGCUUUGGGCAGAUGGAUGAGCUCCAGCUGGAGGACCUGGGGGAUGAUGAUUUGCAGUUUGAGGAUCCCACUGAAGAGAUUGGGACAGUAGAGGAGGUGAUUGAGCUGAGUGAUGACAGUGAGGAUGAGCUGACCUUUGGAGACAAUGACAACCGGGAGAAUAAAGCUAUGCUCUGCCAGGUGUGUAAGAAAGUUCUAGAGCCUAAUAUUCAACUGAUCCGACAGCAUGCUAGGGACCAUGUAGACCUGCUGACCGGCAACUGCAAAGUCUGUGAGACCCACUUCCAGGAUCGAAACACUCGGGUGACCCAUGUCCUCUCUCACAUUGGCAUUUUUCUCUUUUCCUGUGACAUGUGUGAAACAAAGUUCUUUACCCAGUGGCAGCUAACCCUUCACCGACGAGAUGGAAUAUUUGAGAACAACAUCAUUGUUCACCCCAAUGAGCCCCUGCCUGGGAAGCUGGGUCUGUUUUCAGGGGCAGCCUCCCCAGAGUUGAAAUGUGCUGCCUGUGGGAAAGCAUUGGCCAAAGAUUUUCAUGUGGUCCGAGGCCAUAUCCUCGACCAUUUGAACUUAAAGGGGCAGGUUUGUAGCGUCUGUGACCAGCGCCACCUCAACCUUUGCAGCCUCAUGUGGCACACCCUCUCCCAUUUGGGCAUUUCAGUUUUCUCCUGCUCUGUCUGUGCCAGCAGCUUUGUGGAUUGGCACCUCCUGGAGAAGCACAUGGCUGUGCACCAAAGCUUGGAAGAUGUCCUCUUUCACUGCCACUUGUGUAGCCAGAGCUUCAGGUCAGAGGCCGCCUAUCGCUACCAUGUCAGCCAGCAUAAGUGCACCAGUGGCCUUGAGGUGCGGCCUGGCUUGGGGUUGCAGCACCCAGCCCUCCAGAAGCGGAAGCUGCCAGCAGAAGAGUUUCUGAGUGAGGAGCUGGCUCUGCAGGGCCAAUCUGGGAACAGCAAAUAUAGCUGCAAGGUCUGUGGCAAAAGGUUUGCCCACACAAGUGAGUUCAACUACCACCGGCGGAUCCACACGGGCGAGAAGCCUUAUCAGUGUAAGGUGUGCCACAAGUUCUUCCGAGGCCGCUCGACCAUCAAGUGCCACCUCAAGACCCACUCAGGUGCACUCAUGUAUCGCUGCACUGUCUGUGGUCACUACAGUUCUACCCUUAACCUCAUGAGCAAACAUGUCGGUGUGCACAAAGGCAGCCUCCCACCUGACUUCACCAUCGAGCAGACCUUCAUGUACAUUAUCCAUUCCAAAGAGGCUGAAAAGAACCCAGACAGCUGACUGGGUUCCAGCAGAGCCAGGGGAGUUCCUGGGUGGCAACCAGGACAGUGGUUUUCUGAUGGCUGUUGGUCUCUUCCCAGUUGAAGCUACAGUUUUGCCUUGCUAGGAGUUCCAUUCUAUGUUGUGUUUUUAGAAGAAAAGUACAUAGCACAUAAGCUGUUACUGUUUUUGAGAAUGCAAUGGCUCUGUUGCAUUUACCUCCAUACCUGUUCUGGCCCAGAAAGGCCUAUGUUUUUGAUUCUUUUGAGGCUGGUUUUGGGGUCUAGUCAAGCAGUUGUGCUAACUAGAUUCCCUUUUCAGCUUCUUUAGUUUUAGUUUACUGAUAGAUUUUAUGCUGCUAAGAAUCCAACCAACGGCCUCACAGGAUAAAGGAGGUGACUUUCAGGUGGCACAAGCAGCUAUGAGAGGGAUUUGGGGAAUGUGCUCAUUCAGAAAGGACUAGUCAGCUGGGCCACUCACCUCAGGUUCCAGUGCCAACCUUUAACAGGGAAAAGGUGUCAGGGAUAGAGGUGUCUGCUUGCCCUGUGGCCGUGAUCUGCUGAUUGGCAGUGAAAAUCUUUUGACAGCAAAGCUUUCUAUUUAGAUCGCAAAGCUUUGGAUGAAUCCUAGCCAGCAGAUGGGGUUAGUCCUGUAGUGCCGCUAGAUGUGGCAACCUGAACGGACAGGAGAGAUCCUUUUUUUCUCCUCAUUUCCAAAGAAUCAUAAUUUUUGUGGAGGGCUGGCCCAGGACAUCAAGACUUCCCUGUAGGGCAAAGAGGUCAGGGAGCCUCCAGUGACCUUCAGCUUCCAGGUGGAUAACAGGAGAUGCCUCUGACAGCAGCAGCCUUGCCUUAAUUUAUACUCAGUCUCCCACUGGAGAGGGUUUGGCCUGUAAUGUAGUUGAAAAAACCGAGGAGGUGGUGGAGUGUCGAACUAUGAGCCCUUUAGGAUUAAAGGGACCUGAGUAACUAACUGGUGGUGUGUAGCAGGGUGUGCAUUUUGUCUGUCCCAGUUAAGUAGCUUGUUUACUUUGUGUUAGCCGUGCUGAAGCUUUGACAGUUUACCUUUGACCUGCUGGAAUUGAUCCUGACUUGUCAUAGCAUCACCUCCAGGGGGCGCUGUUGGACACAGCUGGUUCAGGCCCUCCUUAGGCGGCCCAAUUUUUGUGGCUGUUUGGUUCCCUUCUUAUUUGUGCUGUAACGGGGUCUUGCCCAAAGAAGGCUGGAGGGAGAGGACCCGUGAUCUUAUAUUCUCACAUAGUGGCGCCUCAGUAGCUCAUACUACCUCACCCUGCUCAAGUGAGCUCUGGGAGUCCCUAGCCUCAGCCUGACACUGUCCCUGAUGGGACUCACCAACAUUCCAGGCUGUUUCACAAGCAAGUAGUUUAACCCACAAAGCCUUUUUGGACAUUAAUAUUUAUUUAUUGUUUUUUUUUUUUUUUUUGAAUGUGAAUUACCCAGUGUCUCUUUUGGGUAAAAGACUUCAGUAAAAUAAGUUUCUCGUAAGCAAGUAGCCAUAUCCAGUGGAACUGUCCUUGCCAGAGAUCUGGGGAAUAGUGAUGUCAUUGGGGGAGACCAUGUCAAACCUAUUAAACAAGUACAUUUUCUUCCUUUAGGCAAUGGAUGCAAGUUCUAGAAAGUUGGGGCCCAGUUAAAUUCCUAGACGUUUCAUCAUCCUAUCCUGUGAUGGCGUAGAUUAGGGACUGGGAUGAGGGGAUCAAGUCAUGUCACACAAAGGAGCUUUUGUACACCUUGAGGUCCUUUAUAAAUUUAGGUGGGCUCCUGUCCUUGUCUUUACUAAGAUGAGUGAACCAAAGCUCUAUCCCUAUUGGGCCUACUGUUUUUCUUUCCAGCCCUGGAUUGAGCAAGCCUUAGAGUCAGAGCACAGGGCUCUCUGGUGGGCUUUUAGUCCCCACUAGGUGACAGGACUUAUAUAAUGGCCAGUUAAAGAUCCACCUUUCACUGUCUAAACCCAACUCGGAAGCAAUGCUGACACUUUUUACAUUGACCAUGAGGAAUUUAAGAAGGGAAUUUAUAAUACUUGACUACAAUCAAGUAUCUAGUAUUUUUCUCAAGCAUGAAGGAUCCUCUGAGACCUGAUGAGGACUGAGUUUGGAAUAGUUGAUAUGAGAGAGGUGGUACUUACUAGAACCCUGUCAGCUGAGAAUGGAUAAAUACACCAGAGAAACCUUUUUCCUUAGUAGAGGGCAUCAUGGAUGCUGGGUAAUUUGUAUAUGUAACCUGAAACUGUGAAGUUUUCCCUUUGUGCCAGUAAACCAAAAAGCAGAUCUUUGAAAUUUUGUCCUUGAAACACUAAACAAAAAACUACUCUGCCCUGUCUCCUUGAGGAUAAGUGGUUGAUCAGGGAGGCCCAGUGGCCAGCAGGAUCAGUAGCUCACAAGGCUCAGUGACCAAACCCUGUCUCUCUGGGCAUCCUCUGUGUGAACUUCCUACCUACAUGAAGUCAUGUUUGUUUCCUCUGCCUCCAGGUUACUCUUUUCUGAAUUGUUUUACUUGAAAUGCUAUAUUGUGGCAAAGGGCACUCUAGGAUACCAGGUGAAGGUAUUUACUUUGUUGGUGUUCAUUUUUUGGAUCCUGUUGUUGUCUAGCACUGCCCUCUGCUGUAUUCUUCUGAAGUUCUGUUUGACCCUUGAAUGCUGUCUCCUGUUUCCUUUUUUCUUGUUCAGUACUCAGGAUCAGCUUCAUAAUUCACAGAGUCCUCCUCUUCACAGAUUAUUAGAUUUUUAAGAUGGCUAUUGUAGAGUAUUAAACCAAAUUUGGGGCCAUUCUCAACUUGUUUCCUAAGAGGAAACAGCAAUACUUAAAUGGAAUGCCGGGAAAAACCAUAGAGGCCAGUGAAGGGGAUCAGUGUCCUGCACUCCAGCGACCCCUGAUGGUUCAUAGGUGCCUCAGUGCCCAUGGAAGUUCUGCUGAACCCUAAUAUUUAGUACUAAAUUUUAACACUAAGUCCAUAUGGUUCAAUGGCUAGUUGGGAAGAAAGGAGGUGGGGUGAGCAUUGUACCCAGGAGACCCCUAAGAAUCAGGAAAUGGGUAAAGUUCUUUUUUACUUCUAUUCUGGUCCAUCAGCACCACUUUGUUUUUAAGACAAACCUUUGGGCUUAGAUAUCUUUUUUCCCAGUCAGGUUUUUACUACUGAUAAAAUUUCCUUGCCUCUUGCUGGGUCCUAUUCCCCAUCCCCAUACCACUCGACUUCGACAGUGAAUUUCAGUCCUUUAUGGAUGGACACUGAAUUUGUUGGCAUGGGAAUGGGCUGUGUGGAGCAGCCUGUGUUUGGUUGGGAGUCCCUGUGUGUCCUUUUCCCUAAAUUUUGCACCAAAUGAGUCAGGAAGCAGGGCAUGCACAGCAUUAGUUUGUGUGAUUAUGCAUCAUAAGCUUAACAUCAGAAUGAAAAUAAAACUUUUUGAUUUUGGUGUUUCGUUAACAUUCUCUUGUCCAAUCCACUUACCUUCCCCCCUACCUCUAAUAGCUGAAAUCUCUUACAAGAUGGAGAAGAGGUGUUGAUGUCUAACUCCUUCCAUUAAAUUAAUAAGUACUGACCUCCUAAUAUUUAAGUGUUUACUAUCUAUUGCUGUAAAGUUUUGUACAUUUUGUAAACUUUUUUUCCCAAAUAGUAGAUGUCUAAAAUCGUUGUACAUCUGAUUCUUUUAUAUUCCAUUGUUCAGCACAAAGUGUGGUUUUUAUUUAGAAUAAAAAAAUUUGAAAUGGGA